AUGGAGGGAGAGCUUAUCGAGUAUGUAAGAGCUUAUCCCAUGUUAUAUGAUUUUAAAAACAAGUACUACAGAAACCAAGUUGUUAGAAAGGAAGCUUGGGACGAGAUCGGAGAAAAGUUGGACAAAUCGGGUGAUCAGUGCAAAGAUGCAUGGAAUAAACUACGCAAUGCUUACACUAACACAUUAAAUAGGAGAAAAACCAAAUCCGGUCAAGUAACCAAAAAAAUGCUUAACAAGUUUUAUACAUGUUAUAGAACUCAUGUAAAUUCGAGUGAAAUUUUACAAGACGAAACUCAAGAAGAAGAGAGUAUUGUUGAUGGUCCUGAAGCAGUUGGAGCAAUGGAAGAUGAAACCCAGCCUUUCCAGUACCAGAAUGUCAACGAAUCUCUUUUUACUGAUAAAUCAGAUUUUAUUUCUCUUGAACCGCCUUCAAACGAUUCAAAGAGAAAACGUACAAGCAUUGAAGCCACCAUGUACGAAUUGGUUUUAAUAAUGAAAAGCAAUAGCCGUAUGCGCUCACAACAACUCUCUCAAAAUCAAAGUGCUACUUCUCAAUCUUGUCUACAUGAUAAAUAA